UAGAAGUUCCUGCCCAAAAUCUUGGAUAUUGUACUAGCUGCAAUAAGACGAAAAAUGUAGUUGAGUUUUGUCGUUCUACUAGAAGUGGCUUGCAACAAUUGUGUGCUACAUGCAAUCAAUGUUCUUUCAAAAAAAAAAAUAAACGAAUAAAAAAGUCAACUACAGAAAUACCUCGAGAUAAAAAUAUUACUGAUCUAGAUGAAAUUUCAGAAAGUUUAGACCCAUUUUCCGAACAUCUUAAUAAUGUUGAGGAUGAAGAUGACAAUUCAAAUGUCGAUCUGGAUGAUGAUUCGGAUAAUAAUGACUCAAAAGUAUUACGAUAUGAUCUGGAUGAAGUGUGUGAAAUUACAAAAAAAUUGUUCGAAGAAGCAGAAGUAUUAAAUGAAACUACUAAUUUUACAUAUGAAAUUGAAAUGGAAGAUGAUCUUCUUAUUGCUUUUUUUUUAACUCCACUUGACUUAAAUAAUAACAAAGAUUUAAAAAUAAUUGAAAGUAAUUUUCGUCAACUUGCUCAUGCACUUAUUGUGUUACUCGAAUCUGGUUCUGGUUACUACUGGGAAAUACGUAAAAUAUAUUUAAAUACCUGGAACAAGAAAUUCUCUG